AUGAUCAUGACGCACGCGCUGGGUGAUUGUAUCAGUCCCACGAUUGUCGGUGCGAUCUCCGUGGCCAUCUCGGAUUCCACCUCGCUCGAGGCUCAGUAUUUGAGCUUACAGCGCGCGCUCUUUCUCACCCCCUUUGUCAGUGUCCUGGGUGCUUUUCUGUUCUGCUUGGUCAGCAUGUAUUUAAUAGAGGCCAAAGAAGCUGUACACAAAGCUGUCGAAGUGUCCCAACUGAUUCGUGGCACCUAUGAUAUCCCACCCGAGAAUGCCGAUCUGCAAGUUCGCAUUUGA